AUGUCUGGCAGAUUGGUUUUAAAGGAACUAAAAGCUGGUUUGAACGCCAGCGGUAAGUUCCCUGUGACAGAUCAGACUCUACCUAUCUCGAGAUACGCGAGAAGAAUAGGAAGCCCAAAUGAAGCAGCAACGAUUGGGUCUCUCAGCAAAGAAAACGGGUUUUGCAAGCCGAACAAGCGCCUUUUGAGAUACGGGAAUGCCCAGAAUACGCUUUUGGAAGCGCGUUCGGGGCUUCGCGGGACAAGCAGCACUGCCCAAGUGUACCAAAACACGUUUCGAGUCUUUUCAGCACAGAGUAAAGUGUAUCAAUGCGAUUUUUUCAGGCUCUUGUAUUUCCCUCCAGACCAUUUUCUGUCUGUGUUUCGCAAGAGCAAACCAGCGAGCAACGUGCGGAUUGUGGGCGAGGUUUUCCUAAACGGAAAUGUUUCCAGAAGCGAGGGCCGUAGUGUCACCAAUACCGCGGUUUUUGAGAAAGGGUCUCGUAUCGACAAAUAUGGCAAGAGCCAAGAUAUGAGCAAUUUGAAGCGCUUGCAAUCCAUUUUCGCCAAUGACGGUUCGAAUGUGCCUCGCAAUUACGCGUAUUUGAGGCGUUCAUUGCGCACGUUUCUAAAUAAGUGCUUUGUUAAGAACUGGCUCGAAUUACAAGGCCAUCAAGCAGUGGAAGAACAGAUUAGUCACUCUACACAGUCCACAGAAACGAACUCGAGCACGCAAUGGAAGUUUUUGGACUCACAAGGCCGCAGUAAAUCUGGAGUGUCCAAAGACGGAUUCUACCUCUUCCAAGUUUUGGUCUUUCCAGAUCCCACCACAAAGCACGAAUUUGAAAUGAACAUUUCGCACGCGGUGAAAGCGGUGGCCGAUUUGCACUGGGAUAGCUUUCUGCGGGGAAAAACGAAGUCUCGGACUUGGGUCCAGGAUGCAAACGACCGUGUACGAGUUUCGACCAUGAACGGAUACCUGGCCCAUGACCAAGUGCCACGGACGCUCCGGAAAGUCAAGUGA